CGCCGAGCCGUGAGGCGCAGUGCGGCCCGGCAGAGCCUCUCCCGGUGGCGAGCCCUCGUUUCCGUGCUCUUGCAGAUGGCCCGGACGCAGAAGAACAAGGCCACGGCUCACCACCUGGGGCUGCUGAAGGCCCGCCUGGCCAAGCUGCGCCGAGAGCUCAUAACCCCCAAGGGCGGCGGCGGCGGCGGCCCUGGGGAAGGUUUUGAUGUUGCAAAGACAGGUGAUGCCCGAAUUGGAUUUGUGGGUUUUCCAUCAGUGGGGAAAUCUACUCUUCUCAGUAAUCUUGCUGGUGUAUACUCUGAAGUGGCAGCAUAUGAAUUUACUACACUAACUACUGUUCCUGGAGUCAUUAGAUACAAAGGAGCAAAGAUACAGCUACUUGAUCUCCCAGGAAUUAUUGAAGGUGCCAAGGAUGGCAAAGGCAGAGGACGACAAGUCAUCGCAGUUGCACGAACCUGUAAUCUCAUCCUGAUCGUUCUGGAUGUGCUGAAACCUCUUGGUCACAAGAAGAUCAUUGAGAAUGAACUGGAGGGAUUUGGGAUUCGUCUGAAUAGUAAGCCCCCCAAUAUCGGCUUUAAAAAAAAGGAUAAGGGAGGCAUUAACCUUACAGCCACAUGUCCUCAGAGCGAGCUGGAUGCUGAAACAGUGAAGAGCAUCUUAGCAGAGUACAAAAUCCACAAUGCUGAUGUGACACUGCGCAGCGAUGCCACUGCUGAUGACCUGAUUGACGUUGUUGAAGGGAACAGGGUUUACAUCCCUUGCAUUUACGUCUUAAACAAAAUUGACCAAAUUUCCAUCGAGGAACUAGAUAUUAUUUACAAGGUACCCCACUGUGUACCAAUAUCUGCUCAUCAUCGCUGGAACUUUGAUGAUCUGCUGGAGAAAAUCUGGGACUACUUGAAGCUAGUACGAAUCUACACCAAACCUAAAGGGCAGCUCCCAGAUUACACGUCUCCUGUGGUACUACCUUACUGUAAGACCACAGUGGAGGACUUUUGCAUGAAGAUCCACAAAAAUCUCAUUAAAGACUUCAAAUAUGCACUGGUCUGGGGUUCAUCUGUUAAACACAACCCUCAAAAAGUUGGUAAAGACCAUACUCUUGAAGAUGAGGAUGUUAUUCAGAUUGUGAAGAAAUAAAGUUGUUCCUGCCAUUUACCAGUGUGGAUGAAGUUUGUCAUUAGUUCCAAGUGGCAAACAACAGGCCAUUUUUAUCA